AUUGACAAUGUUCAGUCGACAUAGUUCAGUCGAUGACAAACAUUCAAUGAUCUUACAUCGUUGUAUUCUUUAUAUUUUAAAAAAUAUAUGAAUAUUUUUACUGACAAUUAAUUUUUAAAUUAUAAAUUAAAUUAAGUUAAUUUAUUAAUUAUUAUUGUGUCCUAUAUUUCUAAGUGAUAAUAAUACUCAAUAUAAGCGGGAAUUUAUUUUUUAUUCAAAUUUAUUUUUAUUUGUGAUUGUAUAUAAAAUAAAAAAAAGUGGGGUUUAUUUAAUUUUUAUUAUUAAUAUUAUUUUAAUUGAAAUAUGAAAAAAAUAUGAAGCUUGAAAUGGCCGCUGAUUUUUUUCGAAAUGGAACUUUAAAUGAUUCUUCAACAAAUAACAGGACUGUUGUUAAAAUGGGACAGAAAAAAAAUGGUUCAACUGUAACAUCAAAUGAUCCAUCAGAAAUACCUGAGGAACAACUUAAAUUUCAAGACAGUAGAUUUCUCACGACUUUCGUUUUGGGAAAAAAUAGAAUUAUUUCACCCGAUGUUGUGCCACCUUGUUCACCUGGAAUAUUUCGUCAAAAAUCAUUUUUUUCAACAACAAAUUCAAGCAGUUCUUCAUCAAUAACAUCGGCCAAAAACGAUCAAAUAUCAAGUAAUCCCGCCGAAAAAAUUAACAACAAUUCUAAUCAGACAAAAAAUAUAUCGAGAAACGUAAUUGGCAGUAGUGGGGGUGGAUUGGUGCAGAGAAACGCUCGUAGCGCUGGUAAGCACUUGCGUCUUCGCGUGGUACUUCCAAAUAAAAUGGCGUCUACGAGCGUAAACACGGUGUUACAGGGCUGGCCUAAUAGUAAAGACGAUUAUGAACUAAAAGAGGUUAUCGGUGUUGGUGCAACAGCAGUUGUUCAUGGUGCAUUUUGUGUACCACGUCAAGAAAAAUGUGCAAUAAAACGUAUAAAUUUAGAAAAAUGGAACACCAGUAUGGACGAACUUUUGAAAGAGAUACAGGCAAUGUCAUCUUGCAAUCAUGAAAAUGUUGUAACUUAUUAUACUUCAUUUGUUGUGAAAGAAGAAUUAUGGCUUGUACUGAGACUAUUGGAGGGUGGUUCACUAUUGGAUAUAAUAAAACAUAAAACAAGAACAACUAAUUGUAAACAUGGUGUAUUUGAUGAAGCAACAAUAGCCACUGUACUUCGUGAAGUACUCAAAGGUCUUGAGUAUUUUCACAGUAAUGGACAAAUUCAUAGAGAUAUCAAAGCUGGUAAUAUACUUCUUGGUGAAGAUGGAACAGUACAAAUUGCUGAUUUUGGUGUUAGUGCAUGGUUGGCAACUGGACGUGAUCUUAGUAGACAAAAAGUUAGACAUACAUUUGUUGGUACACCAUGCUGGAUGGCACCAGAGGUCAUGGAGCAGGAUCAUGGAUAUGAUUUCAAAGCUGACAUAUGGUCACUUGGUAUAACUGCAAUUGAAAUGGCAAGUGGUACUGCUCCAUAUCACAAAUAUCCACCAAUGAAAGUUCUCAUGCUUACACUACAAAAUGAUCCACCAACUUUGGAUACUGCUGCUGAUGACAAGGAUCAAUAUAGGGCCUAUGGAAAAACAUUUCGUAAAAUGAUCGUUGAUUGUUUACAAAAAGAUCCAACAAAACGACCAACAGCAACUGAGCUAUUAAAACAUCCAUUUUUUAAAAAAGCCAAAGAUAAAAAAUAUUUACAACAGACACUUGUUGCAAUUGGACCAAGUUUAGAGACUCGUGUACAAAAAGCAUCAAAACGACAACCUGGUACAUCUGGUCGUUUACAUAGAACAGUAACUGGUGAAUGGGUUUGGUCAUCUGAAGAUGAAGAUGAUGGUUCAUCAAGUGGUGAUGAAGGCAAAGAAACAUUACCAGUUAAUACAAUUGAUAAUGUCAGUAGUGAAGAAGAUGGACCUGAUGAUAUUGAAGGACAAAUUAAAUCAGCAACAAGUAGACUUGUUAUACAAUCAGCUGAACAAAAUAUUCCUAUUAAUUUAGUUCUCAGACUUCGAAAUCAAAAAAGAGAAUUGAAUGAUAUUCGAUUUGAAUUUGCUGUUGGUGUUGAUUCAGCUGAAGGUAUUGCAUCAGAAUUAGUUGGAGCUGGUUUAGUUGAUGGUAAAGAUAUUGUUGUGAUAGCAGCAAAUUUACAAAAACUCAUUGAUAGUGCUGGUCAACUUAGAACAGUAACAUUCUCAUUGAAUUCAGGGUAUGCUGCUAAUGAAAUUCCAGAUGAUAAGGCAUUAAUUGGGUUUGCCCAGAUUUCAGUUACAGACUAGUAUAUUUGUGCGUUUUGUUGAACACAGAAAAAAAAAGAAAAUGAUGACGGGGGUUAAUGUGCAAAAAACACAUCAUUUGAUACAUCACUUGCAGAAGAUAAAAAAAAAAAUUUAAAAGAAAAAAAGAAGAGAAAAAAAAAGAGCUAUCAAUAACUAUUAAUAAUGAAAAAUGAAAAUUUUGUUUUUGUACUUAAUCAGAAUAUGUUACUACAAUAAAUUUAGCGUGUUCAAAAGA